AUGACGCCCGCGCCGCUGAACGCGGCCCCGAGCCCCGGGAUCGUCGCGAGCGCGGCGCCGCAUCACCACGCGGAUCUGGGUGACGCGCAUCGAUCCUCCGCGCGGCCGCAACAAUCGCCGUUCCCCGGCGGUCGGAAGCACGACGCGCCGCUCGCGCAUCAUCAUCAUCAUCAUCACCACCACGACCACCGCGAGGCGUCGCACCACUCGCGCCCGGAGCACGCGCACGGAGGCGCGCACGCGCCCACCGCGCGAUGCGUCCUCGCGCAUCACAGCAUCAUCCUCCCUCCCGGCCUGCACUCGGUCCAUCGUCGACGCCCGCGACGAUCCGCGACGAUGUCCCCCGCGGCGGCCGCGGCCGCGGCCGCCGCGACGUCUCCGCACCGAACGACGUCGGGAUCGCACCGCAGAGUCGGCGACGCGGUCGUCGCGAGCGCGCUGUUCGAACGUCGGCUCGGCCGCGGCGCCGACGACGCGACGGCGACGGCGACGGGGUCGGGAAGGGGCCGGGGCACGGAUUCUUCUUCGACUUUUACGACGAGCGCGGCGUCGUCGUCGGCGUCGCGGACGUCGCCGACCACCGGCGGCGUGGACGACGAGGGUUUCGUCUACCCGCACGCGGACCCCCGCGUCCCCGCGUGGCUCACCGUGACGCGGACGCGAUGGGACGACGUCACGACGAACCUCGCGUCGAGCGCGACGGUGCCGUUUUUGUUCCUCACCGCGCCGCAGAUCAUGAAAAACGCCGCGCUCAUCGCGGCGGGACGCCCGGACGCGCUCGCCGCCAUCUCGUGGCAGGGUCAAGUCGCGGGACUCCUCGGGAACUUGCUGCUGCUGUCCUACUUCAGCGACAAGGGCGAGGGCAGCGCGAGCGUCGUGCAGGUGGUGGGCGUGUGCGCGACGGGCGCGCUGCUGACGCAGAUGUGCCUCGCCGGGCACAUCCCGCUGCUCGAGUUCAGCGCCGCCGCGGUCGCGGUCGCCCUCGGCGUCGUCCUCAGCGCGCUGCGCAUGCUCGGGCAGGUGGGUCCGGUGGACCCGAACGGCGUCCCGUGCGUCGGCAACGUGCAGUGCGCGGUGGACUUUGGCUCCGUCGACGACGACGACGACCCGAUGGUGGUCCAAAAACUCCACGAGGCGGGCGACUUCGCGUGGGACGCGUAUCAGAGCCUCCUCGCGAUCGUCGGCCUCGCCGCGCUCCCGCAGGUUGGCCUCGUGGCCUUGCUCCCGCCCGCGUGGACAGCGAAUUGGGGGAUGCUCCCGGGCGCGAUCGGCGGACUGCUCGGGCUUGUCCUCGUCGUGUUGGGCCGCGCGGGGAAGCUCCCGGAGGAGGUGGACGCCGCGUGGGGCGCGCUCUCAGGGUGGAGCGCGACGCUGCUGUUCAUGACGAUGCCCGUCGCGCAGCUCGCGAACAACUUCGCGAACCCGAGCUCGCUGGAGGGCCUCUCCGUGUUGUCGUCGGUGCUGGCGAUGACUGGCAACGCGCUCAUGGUGCCGCGCGCGUUGUUCACGCGAGACGUGAUCUGGCUCACGGGGAGCACGUGGGGGUCGUGUCUCAUGGGGUGGGGGGUGAUGCUGUCGUUGCUGCUGGGGAGGGACGCGAGCGGGGCGAGGUACAUCUCGCCGGAGCUGUUCAGCGCCAUCUCGAUCGCGUUUUUCGGGUUCAUCGUGGUGGUGUUCGUCGCGGACGGGUUGGCGUCGUUGGCCGCGGGGCGGCCGACGGCGUGGCGUCUUCGCGCGUGGAGAUUCGCGAAAGUGAGCGCGUGACGAGUGAGUACUCACUCGCGAGACGCACGCGACUCGAUGACGCGUCUGAUUUGAUUGUAAUACCUAAUACCAUCGCCGCGC